ACUUUUCCUCUCAAUGUGACCACUCCUCACAUGUUUGCCUGGUUCUUAUGAUAUCAUGGACAGCUCUGAUAUCCCCUCUCUGAGAGAUGGUGAGAGAUACCACGUCUUCAUCAGCUACAGCAGCACUGACUACCAGUGGACCCACUCCCUCAUUGAACAGCUGGAGUCCUGCGGCCUGCAGGUCUGCUACCACGAGCGUGACUUCACUCCAGGACGCACCGUGUUGGAGAACAUGUCCGACUGCAUCCAGGAGAGCCAGAAGGUCCUGCUGGUCCUCAGUCCAGAGUUUGUGAGGAGCCGCUGGUGUCUCCUGGAGGCCAACAUGUCUCUGUUCAGGGACUGUCUAGAGAGGAAGCCCAUCGUCCCAGUGCUGCUGGAGCCUGGAGUCUCUAUUCCUCCCCACCUCUGCCACCUCACCUACCUGGGGGCCAACGACCCAGACUUCAAAAACAAGCUGCUCAAGGUGCUCUGCACCCCCAACCAGCAGCUCCAAAGCUCCACUGUGGUCCCCUUCCAGGCUCCCUCCAUCUACAACGGGAAGGUCCUGCAGCCCUUGACUGCUGUUAAUGAUGAGGAACUAUACAAAUGGGACUCUGGUCAGUUCAGUGAAGUGGAGGCGCCGGACCAACUACGUCUGAUCAUUGAGGACCACGACAAGUACAGAGAGGCUGUGAGGAUCAUCAACAGAGUCUCUGAAGACAAAGUUUGGCUCUGUUCACUCUGGAUUAGAGUACUUGUUUACAUUGCUAGUGUAGGAUUUUUCGUACUCUUAAUUGCUUUUUCUACAAAUUUACUAGUUAUAUUCAUUCAUGCUAAUAUUUUGCCUUGGGAAAUAAAUACUUAUGAAAUGUCUGGGCUUGUUGUUACUAGUCUGUACUGUGGAUCACUUGGGUUUAUCAUUCAGCUCGGACUCUGGAAGAUGGAUGAUGAGAAAUAUAUUGUGAGGGAGAUGCAGAAAGCUGUAGGAAAAGCAAACCUGUUGCUCCAUGAAGACAAGGUGUUGAUGGGAUGUAGGUCCAACUCAAAAAUCUAUCUGGUGUAUGUUUCUCUGGACGGCUGCAAACAGGAGUUUGCAGAAGCAUUUCCUGAUCAAGCAGAAGAGAUGUUUCAGAGAGCUCUGAUGUUCUUCUCAUCAGGUUACACCUGCAGCCUCGCUACUAGACGCUCUCUCUUUCCUCAGCCCAGCUCCUCUGGUCACCUGGAGGGAGGGCUGUGUUUCUGUCGGUAUGUCUCUCAGCAGCUGAGGAAGGACAAAUGGGAAUAACUAAAGAAGGCCUAAAUAUUACCAGCCAGGAGACUUCUUAUCUCUUUCGGGGAAUUGAUGUUCAGAUAUCAAUGCCAUUAUUCUGCUUGACAAGCUGGGAAAAAGAACUGAACAGUGGAAGCCCAGGCAUCAUCUCCAUGUAGACAUGUUUGAUACCAUAGGAUGUUGUUUGUGUGGUACAGUUGUAUGAAUCCCUGACCCUUUCGAUCCUGCAAUCUUGUAAAUGCCCCUGCACUGCACUGAGGGGACAUGGCACUAAAGAGGAGCUACAGAACUCUGCACCGUUGAUCACCACUGAUGACUACAGAAGAGGACUGGGACUAUCAGGGAAAAAAAAAAUAUGUUGGACUUUUAAAUUACUGUCAAAAUGAUGAGAGAAAAAGGUAAAGUGGGGAGAAUAAUAUUGAAAUAAAAUUUAACCUUAAUUUUGCCACUAUAAUUUGCCACUUUUCAUAAAUUUCAGCACAAUUUGGACUGAUUUUGCCUCAUUUAACCCACUUUUGCCACUGUACACCAAUUUUGCCAAAUUUUAGAUGGUUUUAUGACUUUUUCCCACCAUCUUUUGCCAGCUUUACACGCUUUUGCCACUUUAAACACAUUUAAAAUUUAACCCCUUACCACCACUUUUUUCUACCUCUUGCCACAUCUAAACCAUUUAUUACCACUUUCUGCCUGUUGUUGCCUCUGUUGACCCAUUAUUGCCACUAUGAACCCAUAUUUACUGUUUUUUAUGCCCAUUUCUGCACAUUAUAUCCACAUUUCUGCCA